AUGGCUCGUUUGUACCGCUUCGCUGUAUCUUCAGCAAUUUUUUGGCAAUCUCUCGCUAGUGCUUCUCCUGAGCCAUGCCUCAACGGACUUUGCCAAUUCACUCGCAACAAGCUGGCAAGCAGAACAGUUGCCAGUGAACUGGGCCCUCAGCUCUCGGCAAAUUGCAAUGUCUACGGCCCCGAUGACACGGAAUUCGGCAGCUGCACAGCUAGAUAUGACCCCUUCUUCACUCCCAAGAUUCAAAUGGUGGUUCAGCCUGCCACGGAGGAGGAUGUCCCCAAGAUUGUCGAAUAUGCCAACACCAAUGGAAUCCCCUUCCUUGCCAUGGCUCGGAGGCACGGCAUGACAAGCACGUUGUCAGAGUUUGACGGUAUGCAAAUUGAUAUGUCUCUCCUUGACAAGAUUGAGAUCCAGCCAGAUGGAAAGAGCGUCGUCCUCGGCGGCGGCGUCUUUGCCAAGAACAUCAUGGAGAAAUUGUGGAAUGCCGGUUAUGUUACCGCCUCCGGAAGCACAUCCUGCGUUGGCCUCCUCGGUCCAGCUCUCGGCGGUGGCCGUGGCCGUCUCGAAGGUUACUACGGUGUCGUCAGCGACAGCUUCCUCAAGCUCAACGUCGUUCUUGCCAACGGCACCGCCAUCACCGUCUCCGAUACCGAGCACCCCGACCUCUUCUGGGCUAUGAAAGGCGCCGGCCACAACUUCGGCGUCGUCACUAGCCUUGAGAUGAAGAUCUACCCCCGCGGCGUCGACACUUGGUACUAUAAGACCUACAUCUGGACACAAGACAAGUUGGAAGCCGUCUUUGAAGCAUCCAACAACUUCCACAACGACGGUAACCACGCCGGCCACCAUCUCAAAGAAAUGGCUUUCAACAUGGGCAGCUACACCAUCAUCCCCGACAUCAGCGAGACCGAAGGUGUCAUCUUCUGGUCUUUCGUCUACCGCGGCUCCAAGGAGGAAGCGCAGCCGUAUCUGGAUGCCUUCGACGCCAUUGAGGCCGUCUCCACCGAAGACGGUAACGUCCCUUACCCCGAGAUCCCCGGCGUGUCUGGCACAGGCAUGAACAGCGCGCUGUGCGACUACGGCUUGAACCACGUCCACUACCCUGCGGGACUCAAGGUCUGGAACGUCACUACCCAGCGCCAGAUCUACGACUUGUACAACGAGAAGAUCGCGGAGUACCCUGAGUUCCAGCGUACGACUGUUAACAUGGAGGAUUACUCCCACGAGGGCGUCAACGCUAUCGACCCUGACACUUCGGCUUACCCGUGGCGUGAUAGGGGUCUUCUUAGCUUCAUCGCUGUAACCUACGACCCCAACCCCUCUCUCGACGAAGCCGCUAUCGCCUGGGCCAAAGAGACCCGUGAUCUCUGGAACGCCGGCGCCCCUGAUCUUCUCCCUAGCACCUACGUCAACUAUGCCCAUGGCGAUGAGUCGACCGAGUCUAUGUACGGCUACGAGCCCUGGAGGUUGGAGAAGCUCCGCGGACUGAAGGCUCAGUAUGACCCGGAUAACCUGUUCAGCUACUAUAACCCCAUCAUCCCCAACCUGAACCCGAGGUCUACGCAUGAGGAGAACUUUCAGGGACGGAAUAUUGGGGCUAAGUCGAGGGGUCGUGGGCAGUGA